GGCCGACGCGCGCGCCAGUCAGCCGCCGACCGCCGUCGCGUUUUUACGCGCGCGCUCCUAGCACCGCGCGACGCGACACGCGCACAACUGACGCGAUCGCGAACUCUUAUUCCCUUUUUGUUUAUUUUUCGCUUGCGUCCUUCGAACCGUUUUGUGUUUCCGAGGCAGCGGUACGAAGAAAAAAAGGAGGCGCGGAUGGAUCGAGCGACCAGAGAAGAUUGGUCCAGGCCGUACGGAUAACAUCUACUGAGACCUCCACACAAGUCAUCGCAACUGAAGAAGAAAAUAAACAACCAAAAGCCACGAAAUCCUCAAACCAAAGCCUCCAGUCAUAUCUUUCGUUUCGAAAAUCUAAAUAUAAGCACUAUUUUUUUAACCUUUUAACGUUAACAAAGCUAAAUCGUAAAUAGUAUACGCUACUCCCAAACAGUACAAAUUAAUUUAAGUCUGAGUGAUCGGUAUUUACAAUAAAAAGAAGCCUUCAAACGAGCGAAAGAUUAAGAAAUCUAUCAACGACCAGUAUUUAAACGUUCCAAAAUAAUAGAAAUCGUUAAACGAGUGCACAAAAUAUUUUAUCGAUCGUUGCAUACAUUGAUAACGAAACAAUUCCUCGAGCAUUUUCUAAAAAGUCAGCCAAAGAUUUUUAUAAACCCAUAGUUCGUAAGACUUGUGUAAGUUUAACUGCCUGUUAUAAAGGAUUUUUUACAUUAUUUAUUUCUUAGUGGGCAAACGAAGAUAUUGUGAUUAGUGUAGUGUAAACCAGUGUGCCGUAUAACCAUAAAUUAAGUGCUAUAAUAAAGUAUCGCGGACUAUAACAAAUUGUCGGAGCCAGGUCAUAGAGUACAAAUUAAUAAGUUCCAGUGCAGUUCCGAGUGUUCAGUACAACAAUAGACUUAGUAGAGCUUAUUUUUGUAUAAAGCAUAAGAGAUGAACGCGAUGAGGCAUCGUCGUGGCAAAACGUCAUGAGCGAAACGCUCAGCAGCGAGGCAGGCGCGGAGAGCGCGCACCUGCCGCCGUUUUCCACAUUCGGCGAGAUGGCAGACAACGAACAACGCAUACUGACAGCUGACGGCCGCCUCCUCGAUCCAGGCUGGGAGUACUAUGAACGGACAGGCGACACUGUCUCUGUUAUAGCCAGUCAACCACAAUAUAGACCAUGGGAGUCGAUGCCGCUGAACUCAAAAGACGCUAUCCUACGAGCGGGAUUCUCCGCCUCACUUGACUACCAACCGGUCACAUUGCAGCCAAUACCCAACAAGCUGCCGUCCUUCCAAAGCCAAUUCCAAACAUUUCCAGAAACAACUGUGAUCCCCGAAACGGGUCUGCCAAGCGUAACCCCAGUGCCGGUCACAGCCAGUCCGACGCCUAGCGCGAGUCCUAGUCAGUUAACCCAACUCACGCAACUAACCACGCCGUCGUCACCAGCGCAUUUAACAACAUUAGCGCAAGUAACUCCCUUGUCAACGACACUUACAACGUUAUCACCUGUCAAUGCAACCACAUUCCAUACUCUAACGGCUGUAAAUGCUAGAAGUUAUCCAAUUAUCCCCGCGCCACUUCAAGCGAGGGAACUUGCUCCAGCCGGUCAGACUUAUAUCGACGAUAGACAUAUACAACUGUACCAACCAAACAUCGCCACAAUAAAUGCAUUUCCAACACAAAAUGGUAUAUUACACCAAAAUGGGACAAUUAUUCAUCAGAAUGGGAGUUUAUUACAGAAUAUACAAAGCCCGACGGUUGUGCACGUGUUAAAAAAUGAACCGUUUGAUGUUAAAGCUUUACAGGAUAAGUACACUCCUAAUGGGUUACAUCAUAGCAAUUUCCAGAAUCCAAUGUUAAUAGAUAACGGAUAUGAAAAGAAAAACGGUUUCGGUAGCGGUUCUUCGCCGACGAGAUCUGAUUUUAGAAAGAAAGAACGGCGGAAAAUGCGUGCAAAUAGUUCUGAGUCAGAUGGAUCCAAUAUGGAAGUAGGCUCAGAAAGCAGUGGACAGGUUGCUGCGGUGUCUUCUACAGCUGGCUUCAAAUCACCAAUGCACGGAGCACCGCCCAUGGCAACCGGGCCCAUGGAGCUCGACGACAUAUCCAGUGAAAAACAGUUCUUUGCGUCACAGACUAAAAAGAAGAGGAAGCGAUGCGGCGAGUGCAUAGGCUGCCAGCGCAAGGAUAAUUGCGGAGACUGUGCGCCAUGUCGCAACGACAAGUCGCAUCAGAUAUGCAAACAGAGGAGGUGUGAGAAACUGACCGAGAAAAAGCUUAUUUUGGGGCCGGACGGGACUCUGCAGACAGUGAAGAGCGAGUCUCGGCGAGGACGCGGCAGAGGGCGUUCGACUACAACACCCGUCUUACAAGACAUCAAGAGUUACCGUGGCCGCAAACCACUCGGCACCGGCGUCCCUGGUGCCCCGACCGUGCCCGGCGUGCCCGGUCUGAGCCCCGGCGUGCCUGCCGCGGCGUCCCCGAGUCCAGCCCCGCAAGCCCCCGCCGCGCCCAGCCCUGCCCCGGCCACCACGCCAGGCAUGAAGCAGGAGCACCCCAGUCAGCCCAUGGCACCCAUGCCGUUCUACGCCGGCGAUCCUAACAGAUUUCCAUCAGCAUGGCAAACAGAUCCCUCACAAGGUUGGCAGAAUCAGUUCAUCCAGCAACUUCCAACACAGACUGGCCAAACAACGUUAGACUAUCAAGGCAAUCACACAGCAUACACCACGUCACCUCAUUAUCAAGCUAACACUACAUACGCCGUCCAAAACGUCGCCACUACGUUUGAUGUUACGAACAAUACCUACUACCAGACGGGAGUCCAGUCUGUUCCUACUCAGAGGCCACCUUCAACCAACCGUGGAGCAUAUACACCAGUGCCAUCGCCAAGAGCACCGCAUUACACAACAGAAUAUCAGCAACAGUAUGCACAACAAGCCCCUACACCUGGUGCAACAAGUGGUAAUGACUCUAGACCGGCAUCAGCAGCUUCAUUCCAAAAUUCAGUGCCAACUACAGCGGCGCCAGUGUACACUGUUAGUCAACAGAACUACGAACGCACUGAGUAUACCACAGAACACACGGAAGAAUAUACUAAUCAAGAGAAUAGCACGGGGGAUACGAGUAACGAAGGGGAGAGACAAGAACAAAAUACGCCCAAUGGACAGCAUUCGGGAAACGCCGAGCCUGGGUACCUGCAGGGGAGCAACGGUCCGCGAGCUUCACUCGAUUGUAGCGGGUACCCGGGCGGCUACAAUAGCGGGCAAUACAGAGAAAAUGGUCAAACGCAAAAUCAAAACGAAUGGCAGCAGCGUCAGUGGCAACACAACCAAAGAAUUCAGAACCAACAAAUGCAAAACCAGCAACAAAUACAAAAUCAACAAUUACAAAAUCAGCAGCAACAAAUUCAAAAUCAGCAACAGCAAAUUCAAAAUCAACAAUUGCAGAAUCAACAACAAUUGCAAAAACAACAACAACAAAUGCAAAACCAACAACAACAACAAAUGCAAAACCAACAACAACAAAUGCAAAAUCAACAACAGCAAAUUCAAAAUCAACUACAAAACCAGCAAAUGCAGCAACAGAGGCAGGACGAAUCAGAUCAGCAGAUGUUUUCACAAUCAGACAGGGUUAAUUUGAACUCGAGACUGAAAACUAUGAUAUUAAAUAAACAAAAUCAUACUCGGGAUGGCACUAAUACGCCACCAGAUAAAGGGGAUCCUGGGGAGGGACCGCCUCGAGUAAUCGAUGAUAGAAAAGGCGGGGUAGUCUCCGUCAACGAUGACAGGAAUAAUACCGGUCAUUUUUUAUCGUAUAGCCACCAUCUCCGAGAUAAUUACCGUUUAGGCGAACAGGUAUAUUCUGUCGCUGGUAAUUAUUCACAAAACGCUCAUGCAUAUAGCAUGAACGAAUUCGGAGGUGGUGGCCACCACGUAUGGGAAGGGGGGACAAAUAUUCCGAGAGGAUAUGAUAAACACGCUUCGUCAAAAAACGUUUCCAAAACUCCUCAGAAAUUACCAUCUUACGCGGAUGUAAGAAGUCAGUUCAGCACGUACUCAAAUGCGCCAUAUGAAGCGCAAAAAUUCGCAGAAGCAUAUGGUAGUGAUAGUAAUUAUAAUCAACAAGAUAGUAAAGAUUUCCAAUCAAAAAUGCUCAUUGGACCAGUAUCGGAAAUGAAUCAACAAAUAAAUAAUCCAACAAGGGAUACGAAUGCACAAAGGAAAGCUUAUGACAACAGAGAAGCAUAUGAUGCUAAAUUUAGACAUCCGUCGGCGCCUUUAAUACCAAAAUUAGAAAUCUCAGAUAAUUACCAGUAUCAUAAGGAUGAUAGGUUGAUAAAAAAUGACCAUCAUUUGGUCAAUCACAACCUAUAUCCAAAACAAAAUGAUCAGACCUUAAAUAAUUUAUAUAGAGAAUACCCAAACGGUAUGGUAGCUAGAUCUCAACAGAGUACCGCUUUACCACCAAUUUCAACAAUAAAACAAGAAAACUUUGGGUCGAAAUCACAAGGCUUUCAAAAUUUUCAAAAUAGUUUUGGAGGUUACGAGCGCACCCCGGAUCCUUCAGAAACCUAUUCGCAUAUUCCUAGGCUACAUGAAAAUAUGGGCUUUCAAAAAUAUAAUAGAAAUUAUAAUGGUAUAAACACUAACAAAGAGUCCGAGUCAAAAGCGAAUUCAGGUAGAAGUACUCCAGCAGAUCCAAAACCACCUUACUAUAUAGAACAGAUAAAAUCAGAACAUUCUCCACCUGGACACAAAAUUUACAAGAAUAUCUGUUACAAUCAGCCACCAAGGAAUGAACCGUAUUUAUUCAGGGGUGACGGUGGCCCAGUAAUUUUUCGAAAUGAAGUAGGGUACUCAUGUUGCCGUCAAGGUUCUACUAAAAAACCUCCACCAGAACACUUGAGAGACGGCGCUUGUCCAGGAUUUCAAACCAAAGACGAAAUUAUUGAAGAUGAUCCUGAACAAGCUGAUAAGGCAGACCCGAAAACUGUUUCAAAACCAAGCACCCCAAUACCAGAACCAAUAGCAAAGAAUCCCAAAGAAAACCAAUUCAAUUAUUCAAAAGAAUACUUAGAAAAUUUGGAGAGGUUAAGAAAUAAUUCUAGAACCGAAGUGCCUGAUUGUAAUUGUUUUCCAGCUGAUAAGAAUCCUCCAGAACCUGGAAGUUACUAUACUCAUUUAGGAGCUGCUUCAUCUCUGGCAGAUCUAAGGAAAGAUCUAGAAGCCCGUACGGGGUUAUCUGGUAAAGAGCUGAGGAUAGAAAAAGUCUGCUACACGGGCAAAGAAGGAAAAUCUCCUCAGGGUUGCCCUAUGGCUAAGUGGGUAAUAAGGCGAGCAAACUACACAGAAAAAGUUUUAGUUGUAGUGAAAUAUAGAAAUGGGCACAAGUGCGCAACAUCUUGGAUAGUUGUGUGCCUCGUCGCUUGGGAGGGUAUCCCGCAAUCGGAAGCAGAUUUGGACUACACUUUGUUAUCACAUAAAUUAAACAGAUAUGGUUUACCUACUACUAGAAGAUGUGCUACAAAUGAAAACCGGACUUGUGCUUGUCAAGGAUUAGAUCCCGAGACAUGCGGCGCGUCCUACAGUUUCGGUUGCUCCUGGUCCAUGUACUACAAUGGAUGCAAAUACGCCCGUUCAAAAACAGUCCGCAAGUUCCGACUUUCGGUCAAGAGUGAGGAGAGCGAGAUCGAGGAGCGCAUGCAUGUACUGGCAACACUGCUCAGUCCGUUAUACAUGAAUCUAGCACCGAAGUCCUUCGAAAACCAAUGUCAGUUCGAAAAGGAAGCCUCCGAUUGCAGAUUAGGGUUCAAGCCUGGACGACCGUUUUCUGGCGUGACAGCGUGCAUCGACUUCUGCGCGCACGCGCACCGCGACCUUCAUAACAUGCACAACGGGUGCACGGCCGUGGUGACGCUGGCGCGGCACCGCGGCCUGCAGCGAGCGCCCGACGAGCAGCUACACGUGCUGCCGCUCUACGUGCUCGACACCACCGACGAAUUCGGCUCCAAGGACGGCCAGGACGAGAAGGUCAAGAGCGGCGCGCUCGACGUGCUCGACAAGUAUCCUAUGGAAGUCCGAGUUCGGUCUGUACCCUUACAACCGUGCAGGCGUCACGGCAAAAAGCGAAAAGACGAAGAAAACGCCGAUAGCAAUAAUUCGACUAAUAACGCACAACAGAGUCCUAGCAACAACCAAAAGAAACCACAGCAGUGUUCCACCACAGCACCGAGGACACCACAACCUGCUGAUACGCGCAAUGCCAGCCCUCGAAGCCAAAGCAGCGCCUCCCCUAGGGCACAAACACCAGCGUUAAAUCAAUCAAACCCUUCAGCGUUCACAAAUAACUCGCAGUAUAAUUCGGCUUUCGUCAAUCCAUCCAAUAUGCAUAAUCAGAACUCUAAUAUUAUGAACUCAAAUUUAGGAAAUCCUGCCCUGCUGGAUAUGGCAACGAUGAUAGACAAUUUCACCGAUGCACAGUUACAGAGCAACCAGAUAUCUAGUACGGUAUUAGAUUCUCCAUAUAAUCCUUAUGACCAGAGUUACAAUCUACAUCAUCAAAAUUCUAUUUACAACCAAAAUGCUGUGCAGUCUAUAGUUGAAGGAAAUUGUCAAAAUACUAAUCAAAAUCAACUUCCGAGUUUCGCAGCCGGAUUACAAAAAAGGCACCAUCAGUUCAACAGCAAUAAUACAGGUCAAAUGAACAACAUGCCUCAAAAUCAGUGGCCUGAUUUCCCUAACACUGAAAUGUUUAACAAUGUUGUAAAGGAGGACCCUGACUCCACAACGGCGCAUCUAAAUAUUCCGCCUAAUUAUAGUCCUGACUCAAACAGAAGUGAAACUAAUUCCGACCAAUUAUCACAGAAAAAUAUAGCUGAACCUGAAAAACAAAAUAUUCUUGCUAAUAAGUUACCCGAAUUUGAUAUGCCCAACUCUCCGAGGCUCACGGAAAUAGCACAAAAUAUACAAAACACCCCCGAGUCCCCUGCGCCAUCACAAGGCUCGGAACUAAAAUCUCCAAAUAAUGAUUUAAUGAAUACUUCUCCAGAUGUUCGUAAAAGCGUAUGGAAAUCUCCUGAUUCCAAGAGUUGGGAUGCAAAACCAAAGGAGCAACUAACAACAGAAAAUGAGAACUCUCUGUUUAGAGUACCUAAAUCCAGACCUCCAUCUAGAUCACAACACCCAUCAGAUGGUGUUGAAAAUUCUACGUUUUUAAAACCUUAUCCACCAUCAGAUAGACCACAUUUAAGCCAAGGUUAUGAACACAGAAGUCCAUAUGAUAAUAGGGCGCCGAAUAAUACUGCACAUCAAACGUCAGGUCCACAAACAAACUUUACUAUAAGCCACGAAGAAGUUAAUCAAAAUACAGCAGUGAUGAAUAAACCCCCCCAUGAAUUUUCUGGUAAUAAUUUUCAUCCUAUCAAUCAAAAUGCUUACUCUAACCAAACUCCAAUUCAAGGUUACGGUAAUUACCCUCAGAUGCCCAAUGCUUACCCGUUCCCACCGAAUCCUUAUGGGCACUUUAACCCUUAUGAGAAUACAUAUAACGAUUACAAUAGUUUGGCUUAUUAUAAUGCAGAAAAAUACAAAAGAGAAGAACUCUUAAGAAAUUCACAUUGUUAUAACUCGUACGGAUAUCAAUAUAAUCCUAAUUUCACACCAAAUUUUUAUCAGAAUCCAAACCCGAAUUGGUGUCAAUCUUCGCCUAAUUGGUGCUUAUAUCCACCUCCAUUUUCCAUUCCAUAUCCACCUGAACCUCCAAAAGCGGAACCUAUCGGAGAAGUAACAGAUUUUACAGAUAACUUGGAAUGUUUUAAAGAUAGCCAAAUGGGAGGAGUAGCUAUAGCCUUAGGCCAUGGAAGCGUAUUAUUCGAAUGUGCAAAACAUGAAAUGCAUUCUACGACAGCUGUAAAAAAUCCAAAUAGAAUAAAUCCAACAAGGAUUUCAUUAGUAUUCUAUCAGCACAGAAAUUUGAAUCGUCCUAAACAUGGCCUCGAGGAAUGGGAAGAGAAGAUGCGACUGAAGAAGUUAGGAUUAAACCCGUCCACACCGAAUGCGACCGGACAAAAUUCGAAUUCUGCGUCACCAGCGACUACGCCCGGUCCAGAGCAGAGGCACACACCAGUAUCGGAGAAGUGGAAAAAUAGCGAAGAUACGAUACCUGGAGGUUACAGUUCCUUGGCAGCUUUAGUAGAAGCUACUAAUGCUGCGAAGAAAAAGGGUCAACUAAUGCUGAGAACCGAGACGCAGACAACGAUGUCGUGGACGACGCUGUUCCCAAUGCACCCAUGUACGGUGACGGGGCCAUACCAAGAAUCGGCUACCUGACGUCAAUCUACCGCUACAGCGACGUCCGCCUGACGUCAGCCCAGCGCCUCUGCCACUACCGCCUGACGCUAGCUCGGUGGCAACGUCGUGCUCGCCUGAUGCCGACUUCGAUCCAAUGGACUCGAAGUCCCUUCCGUAGUUAUGUAAGGUCUAUGUUGCCUUUCGAUUUGUAGAAUUUCUAAUCGUCGAUUAGAGCCAUGUGCUUUCCAAAUGUUCUGUAGUUCCUGGAUUCGUAAAAUUAAGAUUCGAAUAAUCGUCGGAGCGGAACAGUCCAAUGUGCGAUAAAUUUCUCAUGAGAUUCCUUUAUGCAUUUACAUUGGAAUUGACUACCGUUUUAACGUAGUAUUUUUAAAGUAUACCGAGUGAGUUUUUAAUCAAAGAUUGUAACUUUAAGUUUUAUAGUGUUUAUCGCAUUUCAGCUAGUCUUACGUUAUUGCGUUAGUAUCGAUUGUGUAUUGUCGAAGUGACCGUAAUUGUGUAGAAUUUUUUUUUGUAUAUUCUUGACGUAAUUUUAGUUAUUACAAGCGUUGCCUUGACAACCUUUUGGGGAUUUAGUUUAAUUAAUUUUACAUUCUGUAUACUGUAUAAAAUAGUGACUUUAAGUACGUCUUAUCUGCAUAUUUUGUCGAUGUUCUCUAAUUAAGCGCAUAAUGAAAUUGUUGUGCGAUGCAUUGAUCUCAUAAACUACUAACCCUACAUAUUAUGUAACCGUAUUCAGAACAAAAGUACAAAACAUCACAACAAAAGCUUAGCUGAGGAGUGGCGGACACAUUCGGCAAUCGUGUUUAUUGAUAUUUUUGUACCUUUGUCUGUGUAUUAGUUUUUUUUAUUUUAUUGUAUUAUUAAUUACCAUUCCUCUGUGUUUCGAUAUUUGUUUUAGCGUAUUAUUUGCGUUAGUUGAAAUAAAUCAUGGCGGUAACGCGACAUGUAUUUACCACAAACGAGUGCUUUUCUAUUAGGUUAAGAUGUGUGUAUUUUUAACUUUCUAGAAUAUUUAACUUAUUUAUAUUGUAUUACGUGAACCAUUAUCGAAUCAUUUUCUUUGUAAUAAUUUAGUGUUACUGUAGACAUUAAUAUUUAAUAUAUUUGCUUUAUGACUCGACAUUAAAUUAUUGCAGUUGUUUUAUGCAUGUUUCAAGAGAGCCUCCUUUACUUUCAACUCGAGUGCCUGUAUGUUUGGCCGUAACGUAAAUCUUUAUUGAUAUUAUAUUUUGAAUCUUGUUUAACCAUUUCCAAUAAAUAUAUGAGCUUACUUUUUAAAGCCAACAAGUUUAUCUCCUAAUUUGGCAGCGUUAAUAUGUUUUCUAUAUUAGAUGCAUAUAAUAAAAAGACGAUUAAAGUACAUUUAUAAGAAUAUAAUAACGUGCAAGAGAAAAAUAAUUUUUUCAGGCGCUUGGAAAGAUUAUAAAGUAGGCAUAUUAUUGAAAAUGAAUGAAAACAUACUGAUGAAUAGUUAUUAAUAUAUAAUUAGGAUAAGGAGAAAAAGUUUGUUUUAAAGAUUAAACUAUUGAUAUAGUUUAUAUUUUUUACGUGUACCUAUUUAUUGAAUGGUAAAUUUAUUGGGACGAACGUGAAAUUAUUUAUAAGUAAAUGCAAGUUUUGAGAACAAAACUUAUAAAAACUAAGCAAUAAUAGACAUCGGGGUCUAUGUACAUUGUAAUGUAGGAGUGAAAACUAUAAUUAACGAAUGGUGCGAUACGUCGUCGAUCUUAUGCAAUUGCUUCAUGUUUGGAAUCUAACGAAAUUUGCCUAAAUUGUAUUUGGAUAUUAUUUAUGUACCUACAUUGGUAAUAAUGCCCUUAACGUUCUUGCCAUUACACUAGCUGCCAAUUUAAUUGUGGAUUGAUACUUCAUCGAUGCAUUGUGUGACUAGACAUAUCAAAGGCAAUCGUAAUAUUAAAAAUCGUAUUGUGAAUAAAUCAAAAUCAUAACUAUUGUGAAUAAACACGACCGACAGAUGUCAGCAUCAAAUUAUUGAAUUCAUUUUUGUUAUAUACAUUUUAAAGAUGAAAAUUUUUAACACCAAUAAAAUUGUAAUGUAAUAAUUUUAUAGUGGAACAUAGGCAUUGGUCUUUUGUAAGGGAAUUGUAUCGUUUAGGGUCACAUAGAAACCUGUGAUAUAACCAUUAACUCACGAGUGCUUGUCUGCUUGUAUGUUUGCCUGUCUUCGUCAUGUGGGGAUUGUUGCAGUAGCGUAGCCUUCAAACCAAAAACGACCAGUAUUGUCAAUAUGUUGUAACCAAAAAUAAUUGAGAUACGUUUAGUUACGUCGCCUAUUUGUAUGGAAAGUGGGUAUUACCAAUGUGAUUUUUUUUUUUACAUAUAAGCACGGACCUCAUGUUCGUCGCGUUUAAGUUACGGCGAACCUAUUGUGUAACAAUAUUUUCAUUGUCUUCUGCCAAAACAAAAGAGUAAUCGAAUGUGUCAUGUAAAUAGAACUACCAUUAUUUAUUAAUACAAUAAUUUAAAACAA